AUGAUACAAGCUUGCACUUUACCUCUUAAUGCUCAACCAAAAUUUGAGGACACAUUGAAAGAUCCGUUAAUAAUACGACGUGUUGUCGAAUUCCUCGUGAUAGCCAUGGUUGCAGAAGCAGCAACACCAACAGACCUCGUCAAGAAAGUCUUUAUCGAGGAGUUGGCUAGAAGUGCUGUCUUAAAAAAACACUUUCCAGAAUGGAACUCAAUGCCGAAACUCGAUGAAACUAGGAAAGACGUGAGAGGCAGCGGGAGAAGCCCGACCAUGGAUGAUGUUGCUCUUAAGCUACUGUACAUUAUGAAAACUAACGGGUUUUCAGAUCAACAGUGGCAGUCGUUCUUCACCAACAUUUCUGAGGAAGUCGUGAUGAUGGAGAGCUUUCCUUUUCCAGCUAACCACAUCAAGAUUCGUUUUCUAUGUGUUCUCGUUCUGUUCUGCAUUUUCAUCUGUGCCGUUGACUCAAAUUCGACCAGCUUUGUAAACGUCAGCCUUAAAGAUGAUAGAGAAGGAAACUUGAAACACCUUUCUAAACGCUUCAUCUUCGAUAAUCAGUUUUUCUAUUGGGAUAAGAUGAAAGUGGAAAAGUAUCUGUCAAGAGAAGUGAUUAAAGAACAACUGGAUGAUUGGGUCAGAGAAUUACGUGAAAAAAAAAUAUUGGCGAAAACAACUACAGUCACAGAGAUUACAGAGACAUUUAAGAUGACUUCUGAACUGAAAUUGAAAGACGUUUUGUUCUUUCUUCGUUUUUUUCCCUUGAUAUACAGAGAUAUGAAACAGUCUUCUGUUCUCUUCGAAAUUCCAAUCGAUGGGAUGUAUGUACGGCUACGGUUGGAAGAUACUAUGUCUAUGGUAAAUUGGGGAGACUCUAAAAUGUUUAAAGCUGCUUUUCUCAUGAAAAAUGGCAAAGGGGAAGACCUUGCAUCAAUUCAAUCUAUUGCAAAUGAUUUGCAAAAAGUUGCUUGGAAUUUUGGGUUUAAAGUCUUUAAUAAUGAUAUAGCAGAACCUAUCAAAAAUGUACUGCAAGUCUUACUUGAUUCAACACUUAUAUCGAGUGGGCAUUUUGAAAAGGCAUUUGUGUUUAACCACAAUAAGUGGUUAAACAAGGAGAUAAAGGAAGAUAUCAUCAAAGCAGGAAUAAAGUUCCUUCUUUCAACCUCACUCCAGCGCUUCCAACCUUCGAUGCUACAAGAUCUUUACCAUAAUUUAAGAGAACAACUUCAUAAAUAUAUUGUUUACAAAGUUGAGAAUCGACGCUUUGUAAAACUGAAGUACGAAUUAACGUACAGUAUGAUGAUGACAGCAAGUUUAUACAGGAGAGAAUGGCAAGAUUUGUCUACAAAUGUUAUUGUCAGUGUUAAGGACCACACGGGCGAUUUCAUUACAAUAACAGUAAACCCGACAAAUAAAGUUAAUUUGCGGACAAUUUUCAAACUCUUACAAUCAAUCUUGUACUUUUCUCAUGGUAAAGUAAAAUGUGUCGUUCCCUUUGGUGGAAAGAAUAGAAUCUUUUACCUGUCUCGGGCAAAAAGGGGGCACAGUCAAAUCAUUGUUCAAACCAAUAAUAAUGACUGGGAACAAGAAGCAAGGCAAGAGAAAAAGUUAGGAGACAUUUGGUGGGCUCCAGAUUACAAUAGUAUGAUAAAGGUUUUGACAGAAAUUCCUGAUCAAAAAGAGCUGGCCUCAACUAUGAUACAAGCUUACACUUCACCUCUUAAUAAUGUUCAACCAAAUUUUGAGCACAUUUUGAAAAAGCCGUUAAUAAUACGUUGUGUUUUCGAAUUCCUCGUAAUAGCCAUGGUUGCAGACGCAGCAGCACCAACAGAAUUUGUCAAGAUAGUCUUUAUCGAGAAGUUGGCUGAAAUCGUUGAAAAAAAAAAAACUUUUCCAGGCUGGAAAUCAAUGCCGAAACUCGAAAAACCUAGGAAAGACGUGAAAGGCAGCGGGAGAAGUCCGACCAUGGAUGAUGUUGCUCUUGAGCUACUUUAUAAGAUGAGAGAGGGCAAAUUUAAAAGUAUCACGGAUGCUUUCAGUUUGAAAAACUUCCCCGCAAUUAAAAAACAAGGAGGGACAGAUCUAGCACGGAAGUAUGUGUAUUACAAUGGUGAAAGUUACAUCCCUUCCUUUUGGAUUAUAAAGAAGGCUGAUGAAAUAGUAGAGGCUGCCACAUGUGUAUGGCUCAUCUGACUCAUGAACACUUAGGCUGGGUUUCAUCCAGCUUUUACUCGUAUAAAUAAACCGGAUGUGCGCAGACUAAUGACUAAACACAAUCGAAGUUGCUGGAACGUUCGGCUUGUGUUUCCAAUGGAAAAAUGCGAUGGAAUUCGAAACCUAACAAUAACAUUAAAGCUAUUUUUCGAUAAUUGUAUCUAAUUGUAUU